UGCAUCGCAUCACACUUCCAGCAAACGGCCGGAGAGGAUGGAUCACUGCAGGAUUAUCGGGGUGGUCCUGGCCCUGCUCUCUGCGUCUCAUGUCCUCAUGACAGGUGCCACAGAACCCACCACAAUUACAAGUCCACAGAACACUACGGAGUCCACAGCAGCUCCUACAGGUGGUUAUAAUACCACAAGUCCACAGAACACCACGGAGUCCACAGCAGCUCCUACAGGUGGUUAUAAUACCACAAGUCCACAGAACACUACGGGGUCCACAGCAGCUCCUACAGGUGGUUAUAAUACCACAAGUCCACAGAACACCACGGAGUCCACAGCAGCUCCUACAGGUGGUUAUAAUACCACAAGUCCACAUAACACUACGGAAUCCACAGCAGCUCCUACAGGUGGUUAUAAUACAACAAGUCCACACAACACUACGGAAUCCACAGCAGCUCCUACAGCCACAAGUCCACAGAACACUACGUGGUCCACAGCAGCUCCUACAGGUGGUUAUAAUACCACAAGUCCACAAAAUAACACAGGAUCCACAGCAGCUCCUACAGGUGGUUAUAAUACCACAAGUCCACAGAACACUACGUGGUCCACAGCAGCUCCUACAGGUGGUUAUAAUACCACAAGUCCACAAAAUAACACAGGAUCCACAGCAGCUCCUACAGGUGGUUAUAAUACCACAAGUCCACAGAACACUACGUGGUCCACAGCAGCUCCUACAGGUGGUUAUAAUACCACAAGUCCACAAAAUAACACAGGAUCCACAGCAGCUCCUACAGGUGGUUAUAAUACCACAAGUCCACAGAAUAACACAGGUUCCACAGAAGCUCCUACAGAUGGUUAUAAUACCACGGCUGCCACAAGUCCACAGAAUAACACAGGUUCCACAGCAGCUACUACAGGUGGUUAUAAUACCUCGGCUACCACAAACUCACAGAAUAACACAGGUUCCACAGCAGUGACUACAAGUGGUUAUAAUACCACAGUACCCCCACCCACUUCAAUCUUUGUGCAACUACAUAUUACCAGUGAGACCUUCUCUGAGUCUCUGAAUGAUCCCAACUCUACAGAUUAUAAGGCUCUGGAGACAAAAGUCCAGCAAGCGUGCAGUGAAGUAUACAACUGCUCCACCUGCAGCACACGCACUACAUACCUCGGUGUCGUCAUCCUGUCAUUCAGUAACGGGUCAGUGAUCGCCAACACCAGAGUGGAGUUUGCAGGACCUCAGACAGCAACAGAGGUGCAGACCAUCAUGGAGAACAGCUUACAGAGCAGUAACAGCACGAUCAACGGAUUAACUAUAUCCAGCGUGCAAGCUAAUGAGACUACAGUAGGACCCACCACAACUACAGCAGCUCCUACAAGCGGUAAUAAUACCACCACAGGACCCACCGCAGCUACCACAAACCAUCUGAACAGCACAGGGUCCACAGAAGCUCCUACAGGUGGUUAUAAUACCACAGCUGCCACAAGCUCACAGAAUAACACAGGAUCCACAGCAGUGACUACAGGUGGUUAUAAUACCACAGUACCAACACCCACUUCAAUCUACAUGCAACUACGUAUUACUAGUGAGGACUACUCUACAUCUCUGAAUGAUCCCACCUCUGCAGUUUAUAAGACUCUGGAGACAAAAGUCCAGCAAGCGUGCAGUGAAGUAUACAACUGCUCCACCUGCAGCACACGCACUACAUACCUCGGUGUCGUCAUCCUGUCAUUCAGUAACGGGUCAGUGAUCGCCAACACCAGAGUGGAGUUUGCAGGACCUCAGACAGCAACAGAGGUGCAGACCAUCAUGGAGAACAGCUUACAGAGCAGUAACAGCACGAUCAACGGAUUAACUAUAUCCAGCGUGCAAGCUAAUCAGACUACAACAGUACCUACCACAACUACAGCAAGUCCUCAGACUAACACAGGGUCCACAGCAGCUACUACAGGUGGCAAUAAUACCACAGGACCCACCGCAGCUACCACAAGCCAUCAGAACAGCACAGGGUCCACAGAAGCUCCUACAGGUGGAAAUAAUACCACAGUACACACCGCAGCUACCACAAGCCAUCAGAACAGCACAGGGUCCACAGAAGCUCCUACAGGUGGCAAUAAUAUCACAGUACCCACCGCAGCUACCACAAGCCAUCAGAACAGUACAGGGUCCACAGAAGCUCCUACAGGUGGCAAUAAUACAACAGUACCCACCGCAGCUACCACAAGCCAUCAGAACAGCACAGGGUCCACAGAAGCUUCUACAGGUGGCAAUAAUACAACAGUACCCACCGCAGCUACCACAAGCCAUCAGAACAGCACAGGGUCCACAGAAGCUCCUACAGGUGGCAAUAAUAUCACAGUACCCACCGCAGCUACCACAAGCCAUCAGAACAGCACUGGGUCCACAGAAGCUCCUACAGGUGGAAAUAAUACAACAGUACCCACCGCAGCUACCACAAGCCAUCAGAACAGCACUGGGUCCACAGAAGCUCCUACAGGUGGAAAUAAUACAACAGUACCCACCGCAGCUACCACAAGCCAUCAGAACAGCACAGGGUCCACAGAAGCUCCUACAGGUGGCAAUAAUACAACAGUACCCACCGCAGCUACCACAAGCCAUCAGAACAGUACAGGGUCCACAGCAGCUACUACAGGUGGAAAUAAUACCACAGUACCCACUGCAGCUACCACAAACCAUCAGAACAGCACAGGGUCCACAGAAGCUCCUACAGGUGGCAAUAAUACCACAGUACCCACCACAGCUACCACAAGCCAUCAGAACAGCACAGGGUCCACAGCAGCUACUACUGGUGGCAAUAAUACCACAGGACCCACCACAUCUACAACAAGUCCUCAGACUAGCACAGGGUCCACAGCAACAAGUCAAUUAGUAACCACAAGUCCCCAAAUCACUUUUAUCUAUAUGCAACUACGUAUUACUAGUGAGGACUACUCUACAUCUCUGAAUGAUCCCACCUCUGCAGUUUAUAAGGCUCUGGAGACAAAAGUCCAGCAAGCGUACAGUGAAGUAUACAACUGCUCCACCUGCAGCACACGCACUACAUACCUCGGUGUUGUCAUCCUGACAUUCAGUGCCGGGUCUGUGAUCGCCAAUACCAAAACGGAGUUCACAGGACCUCAGACGCCAGCAGACGUGCUCGGGAUCAUGGAGAAGAGAUUACAAAGCAGCAGUAACACCAUUAAUGGACUGACCAUAUCUAGUGUACAAGCCGCAACCUCCGUGAUCCCGUCCAGCAGUAGUACAAGCUCCGGCGUGCCAGGGUGGGGCAUUGCGCUGCUUGUUCUGGUGGCCGUUACCCUUCUGUUUGCCAUCAUCUUCAUCAUCAUCAUGGCCGUCAUGUUAUGCCGCAGAAGAAGCAGUGGGCACAUGGAUGUAUUCGCUAGUCGUGGCUCGUACCACUCCAUGAAUGACUAUACAUCAUACCAAACCCACGGGCGAUAUAUAGCUCCAACCAAAAACGAGACCUCAGGCAACGGCACCAAGAACCAGUACUCCUACUCCAACCAGGGCAUGGAGACAAACAACCUAUAAACGCAGCAGGGAGUCUCCCUUCUACAUGGACUAGAGACUGGCCGCACCGCCUGUGUGCCCACCUCAUGGACCUGCUGUAUAUCUACACAUAGCAACGUCAUCUCUCAGCCACUCGCUGUUUUACCGCGGAUUGGGAGGGAGGCGACAAACCGUAUAUCAAGACUUAUGUAAUGGCUUCACAUGAGGAGUACAUCCUUUCCAGCUCGUUCCUUCAGGCUGAAAUCCAUCACUCUCCAACACCUGAUCAGAACAUAUCCCAGGACAAAGACUGCACGCACUGCACUGAGGAACCUUAUUAGAACAAACGAACCCACAUACAUUAUGUGCUAUUAUAAACAUAGGACAAGCGCAGACUUCGCCCAUUAUAGCACCUUCACCUGCCUGCAGUAACGCCGGAGCUCUGUUCGGGCCCCGGGGCACUAGAUACAAUCUCUCUGUCUAUUGAACUAUGAAACCACUGGGUGAGCGAACAAGGUGAACGUUCGCUGUGAUGACAGUAAACAUGCGAUGUGUACAGUGACCCACCCUGAGACCUGCUGGGACUCGUCGGUUCACCUGUUCUAGCUCUGCAAUGAUUCGCAGGCCUGCAGCAAGGCCUGGAGGUAUCCAUCCCACCCUAACCGUGUGUAUGUGACCGAGCACAUAGGGGCAGCGCUUUCCAUGUGCCCGAUGUCAGACAUACGGGGCCUCACCUGAGUGCUGGGGUGGCUUUAUACUGGCAGGGAGAACGCGUUCCGUCUCACACUAGGUGCAGAAGCAGAAGGUAUUCCCAAUGCGUGCAAAAUAAAGAUUUAUAAUCCCGCCCCCAUCGCAACAUGGUGGCAACCUGUACUCAGAAUACCCUCCCCGCAGAGCCGCUGUACCCCUCUGUGUGCCCGGCCCCUGGCACUGCCCUGUAACAAUCCAGCAGCACCAUAGGUGGAUGAGGUAUGAGGCACAGUGGGUAGGGGCCUACAUUACCAUAACCCAUUGCUUGCGUCCCCCAUGGGGCCCAGGCAGUAUGCUGCUUAGGGCGCCCCGGCUCUGACCUGCACGUGUUCUGAUACCGUGUUCCCUACGGAGCCGCUCACCCUGGUAUUGCUGCGAGCCCAGAGCGGGCCGCCCACACUGCGAGGAGCGCCAUCCAGGGACGGCCGCUGUCAUAUAGCCAUGCGGCGGCCGUACAUAUUCUAUGUGUAAAAUCACCUUGUUAGGAAUCACAGUCCAUUUGGCGAGGUUCAGGAGAAUCCAGUCUUGAUGGGCGCAUGAAUGACCCUCGCCAACUCCGUUAUGCGUGGCGGAUGACCCACGAUGCACUGCUACAGGUGUCAAAGAUACGUAUUUAUUGUUUCCUUGUCCCACACUCCGGGCUGGCGCUAAUUACACUGUGGUGUAUGUUCUGUUACCGUGAAGGCAUGGACGCUGUGCAAGAAUUACUGCCAUUAAUGUGCCAGGCUCCACGUCGCAGGGGAUACAUACAUCAGGGACAGCCGCAGAGCUUACAAUCUAAACGUUACAUAUUGUUACAACUCCCUGCCGCCACAUUGUCAGGACAGACAUGGCUCUGUGCGUCUCUCCACACCUUCUGUAGCCGACACUGACCCAGCGCUGCCUACUGCCACCUAUUUAUAUACCUGUAAUAUGUACAAUGCUGAUUCCAUGUAUGGUAAUGACUGUUAUACAAUAAAGAGACAGAAAUGUGA